AGAUUCAUGAACCUGACAGAGUUUAAUCAGUCUGAUCGUUGUGAGCAUUUCUUCUGUCCAGAGAGAUCUGUGUCUCCCAUACUUUAUAUCUUAUUGUACGCAUGUUCAGCUGCUGUGGUUCUGCUAACAGUGUGUGGAAAUCUGCUCAUCAUCAUCUCUGUUUUUUACUUUAAACAGCUUCAAACACCGACUAACAUGCUUGUGCUUUCCCUUGCGGUGUCGGAUUUCCUUGUGGGUGCUUUAGUGAUGCCACUGAUGUUAAUCUGGACGAUUGAGUCAUGCUGGAUUUUUGGAAAAGUUUUAUGCAUCAGUUUUUUUGUAGUUUCUGGUUUCUUCAUGACCAUAUCGAUCUAUAAUGUUACUCUUAUUGCUGUUGAUCGAUAUUUGGCUCUCUCACACCCAUUUCUGUACUUAAACACGAUCUCUAGGAGGACUACAUGCAUUGUAGUUUAUUGUAACUGGUGUGUGUUGGGGUUGUAUGUCACAGCAUUUUAUUAUUUUACUGGAACCUUUUCAAGUUUUGUAAUGUGUCCAGGAGAAUGUUUUUAUUUGCUAAAUGAGGUUUGGUCUGAGGUUGAUCUUGUAUUUUCCUUUAUAUUUCCACUUUCCAUCAUAGGAAUGUUGUAUAUUCGGGUUUUUGGCAUUGCUAAGAAACAUGCCACUGCUAUCCGAGAGCUUAAUAAUCACACGUGGCCUAAAAUCCACAUGAAAUCUGAGAGAAAAGCAGCAAAAGUUCUUGGCAUUUUAGUGUCUGUGUUUCUGGUUUGUUUACUUCCAUAUUUUAUUUACAGUUUAAUAGGGACUGUUAUUGAAAUCCAGGCAGAAACAUUAUUUAAAGUUUUGGCUGUGGUUCAUAUUAAUUCUUGCAUUAACCCUUAUAUUUAUGCUUUAUUUUACCCAUGGUUUAGGAAGUGUAUUAAAUUAGUUAUAACACUAAAAAUAUUUCAAACAGACUCUAAGUUCAUAAAUAUUCUUUCAUGA